AACAGGACUCGCGUCCUUGAUGCAUCGUGUGUGUAUUUAUCUGGCACACCAAAAUCUUAGACGUUUUUACAGUCGAACGAAACAGCUUCAGUUUUGGAAAAAUGGACGAACAAAGAGAACGUAUGUUCGACGAAGCUGCAAAACAAUUUAACAGUAGUGGAAAAGCGCUAAAAGAAGAUGUGAAUCGUUUGCAAGAAUGGCUAGAAACGCAACCACACCUUCCAAAAAUGUUGGACGAACACGCUCUUCGGAAUUUUAUGAUUCUCAACAAGUGCAGUAUCGAAAUUGCGAAGAAAAAAAUCGACAACUAUUAUUCAGUUAGAGCGAAAGUGCCAGAAGUAGUUUACGAAAUGAACCCCAAGCGUCAACAUCAUAAGGAAUUUAAAAGUAUGGUAUACUUAGUGGAUCACCCUCAAUUAACAAACGACAUGUAUAAACUCACUUUUUUCAAAGUAAAAGGAGAAACUGUAUCACUUGGCUAUGAACCACUCAAUUUUAUGAGAAAACUAUGUAGCAUGGCGGAGUUAAAACUGCGACAUGACGUCAUGUAUGGAGACAUUUUGGUUUUAGACUGCAAAGGAUUCACUUUAAACGUCGCCAUGAGAAUUACACCCUUGAUGUUUUACAAACUUUUCGUUGUUCUUUAUGAUGGAGUUAUGUCGUCACGUGUCAAGGCUGUGCACAUAUUAAAUAUGACGCCAUCAAUAACUAAACUUAUACAAAUUGCAAAAGCCGUCAUGAAACCGAAAAUAUUCGAAAGGAUUUGUAUUCAUUCGAAUGAAGAUGCUUUGAAGAAAGUUAUCCCUUUGAAUUUGCUGCCGACUGAUUACGGUGGAGAAGGACUUUCUUUGCAAAAACUAGAAGAUGCAUUAGAGGCGAAGUACGCACAAAAUCAAGAAUUAUUUGAUCGCUUAGACGAAAUUACAGUAAAUGAGGAAUUGCGACCUGAGAAACUGGAAAAUGAUGAUACUCUAGGCUUCUACGGUAGUUUCAAAAAAAUUGAUAUCGACUGAAACCUUCGACUAUGGUAUGCAACAGCUGUAUUAAUAACUAAAUGUUAGACAACUGAAUAAAAGUCUCUAUAAAUUUA